GUGUAAAUAUGCAUUAUGCCACCGAGAACUGAUUUUCAUAUCUUAUCCGCUAUUAAUAAUAUAAGACUUCUUCAGAUAUUGUAAUAAUUUUAUCUAGCCCGCACAUCUAUAAAAAUUUACAACAUUGUCGGAUCCAGCAAUUGGCUUUAAACAAAAAUAUCAAUACCAAUCUGUAAACCCGUUCAGUUACAUUACGGAAAUACAUACUUCAUACAUGCCUCAAUUGUUAUUUCGCAUGAACUAAAAAAAACACGAAACUUUAGAUAAAAUUAAGUUUAUUUUACGUUUAUUUAACUUUGUUAGUUUGUCUUAAUCGGGUUCAUGAUAUAAUUUAUAACUAACAUGUUAGUUGUAUUAUCAUAGUCGGGUUGAUAUAUUUUAUAGGAUAACACCACAGAAUAACACAUUGAUUAUUAUCAAUGGGAUAACAUAAAAAACUUGCACCAUAGCCAUAGACUUUAUAAUAUUAUAAGUCCAUGACCAUAGCAAUCUGUGCACCAUAGAUAAGUAUAUAAAAGUGCUGUGCACUGUGUAGUGUGACAACUGACUACUGAGGGUAAACGUUAUGUUAUCAGUAUUCAACAUUGAUUACUGAUAGUAGUGUAGGUAUACAAGAGUAUAUAGUAGUUUUGGGCUGUAAUCCAAAUUUGUAUUGCAAUUUAUUUUCACACUAUUCGUAAAUGAAUACAUUUUUUUGAGAGAGAGUGGAAUUUAAAUAAUGUGCAAUAAAGUGUUAAACUUAAAACAAUACUGCAUAAAAAAAUUACAAAGUUACGGAGAAAAAUCGCUAAAAGAUCUUAAACUCAACUUAGCACUUAGCAGUCCAAAAAAUCUGUGAAUAAUAUAUAGAAAAAUUACAAAAUGUCUCCACCUAAUGAUGUGAACAAUUGUUCUUCGAGUAUGGAUCAAAUUAUUAAAGAUAUACAUUCUGGUUAUGUGCCUGAAGUGCCAUUUGAUGAAAAUAAAUGGGAUGUUAGAGAUAAAAAAUUAUCCGAUCAUACAAAAAUUGCUCAAUCCAUUCUGAAUGGUUUAAAUGACCAACUUACUUUUUUAAUUAACAACAAAUCGUAUUUAACUGUUAGUAAACAUGAGCCGUUAUUAAGCUCAUGUUUAUAUCUAUGUGGUGAACAUUGGCAAUCAGAUUUAAUGUGGAGUAAUGCAGAAUGUCGUUUAUUGGCAAAUUUAUGUUUGAAACAAUUAUGUGGUCUUAUAAAAGUAACUAAUAUUGAAGAACUAUUUACUAGUAUGGACAUGUCAAAGGUUUUUAUCGGCUUGUAUUCAUCUAAACUAGAUAAAGACGAUUGGAAAAAAUAUCCAGCUGCUGUUCAAUGUUUCAUGUGGAUGUUAAAAUGUUUAAAGAUGCCACAUUUAAAUUCGUUACUUUACAUAUUGAUGCCGUUGCCAUUAAAAAUGUUUGACGAUUACAGGGACUCGAAUAUUAUUAUUGCACUGAAUGCUUUUGAACAUAUUAUAGAAAAUACUCCUUCAGCAGAAUUAUCUAUGAGUGGACAUGAUAAAAUUCUUAUGAAUUCUUUAGAAUCUAAAAUACGGGGUUCAGAAUAUCAAUUGGUACCACCAAUAAUAAAAUGUUUACUGUCUUUGAUUUCUAAAAUGCAGUUGAAGCAUGUAACUGGAAAAAAUGAUUUAGAAUGGACAAAAUUUGAUGAUGUUUUGUACAUCUUGAUACCAAGAAUGGAACUAGAAAGUAAAAAUGAGCCAAUAAAAGAAUUUGCAUCCGUUUUACCAUUUAUCCUGAAGUCGGUAGGAUUUUCAAGCAUUCGAUGGUCACAACGCUUAAUACCGUUGUUUGCCGAUUAUAUUAUGUAUAAACAUUCAAAAUUAGUGACAAUACAAGCUAUAAAAGUGUUUAUUCUUCAAACAUGGCCGAGGAAAGCAACUCAUUGGAAAACUUUGCUAACAAUAUUGGUCAAAGCCCUUUACGAUGAAGACAAUUUGAAUUCAUUGCCGCCAAAUGAUGAAAAUAUUACAGCGAUUGUGGAUUGUAUAAGAACACUAGUAGCAGCUGUUCCUGAAGCUACUAUAUCUUUAAAUAAAUUAAAGAACGAGAACGAAUUUCAAACAAAAUUAAUACUUAUAGAAGCAUUAAAUAGUAUUUAAUUUGUAUGAUUUGUAUUAUUAAAAAACAGUCAUUUUUUUGUGUGUUUCUCUA